GUCAGUACCGAAAGCGGUAACCCCGAGCUACACUCGGGCUUACCAUGCAGCGUUGCACAGGGAGUCCCUGCAGCACUUACCUUGUCCUUCGCUCCCAUGAUGUGUCCCCUGCAGCGUCCCCGGCCAUCUCCUCCGGCCGAUGCCGUCAUCUGGCUUCCGUGUUCCGGUCCCUGUGACGUCGGGAUGUACGGGCGCAGGAACCGGCGGCAAAUUUGAAAAUUUUAAAAAAUUUCAUUUUUUUAAAAUGAUUAUUUUGUCCCUACUGCUUUGUCCUGUGCCCUGCCUGCAUUUUGACUGUUCUUUCUG